AUGAUCCUUUUUACCCUCUUAUGCGCCAUCCUUCAAGUCUCUUCCUUUCAGAUAAAGAGAUUCACUCUGGACUCUGACGUUGUGCUAAACCAGUCACUCGUUAAAAGUGUGCAUGUAAAUUGGAAGAGGAGCGACGGAAGUUUUAAAGCAUUCAAAUUUAGACUCCCCGGCGCAGUUGCUAUAAGUGACUUUAAGAAUCUGCAAGAUUGGCCUGUGCUCAGUAUAGAUUAUGGUACAAAGUUCAUAGGUUUAUCAUUUCAUUAUGGAGGAGAAUCAAGGUGUCUGGAGGGAAUAACACACGAUGGAGAUGUGCAAUUAACUUGCAGGCGGAUACAGGGAAUUAUAAACACUUUAUACUCCAAAUUUCCAAUUCUAGGCCGAAUAUUGGUUCUAAUUGGGGUUCCAAUAGCGCAUGAAAGACUCACUGAUGGAAGUUUGCUCUUUCAAAUACUCUAUAAUCUGGACCUUGCCAUUAAACUUUCAAAGCUUCUUAAAGCACAGGAUAAGCUCCAGUACUCCGGAACCGUGUCGCAUCUUUUGACUAAUCCAUGUCUCUUGUGUAACUUGGGAGCAAGUAAAAUUAGUGCGGAUUCUACUAUUAUAGGCAAGGAACCCAUGUGCAGUAGACCUGGAAAUAAAUCCUGCCCGGAAAUCUACGAAAUUGUAAACUCUCUAAUACCAUCUUCUCUUGUGGCAGUAGCCACCGAAGACUUUUCAAGUUAUCAGACAGAUGGACCUGGAAGAAGAGACUCUCUUGCAAGUUGCAAUAUUUUUGAAAAUUUUAAACACAUAAAAGGGUCUAGAAUUGCAAUUCUUCCCAGCGAUCAGUCCAUAUUUGCGAGCCACAAAAAGGAGGAUACUCUGCCCGUAUACAAAGGUUUAUGUAGGAUUAUUUCUAAAAGGUUGAGUGAAUAG